AUGGCAUCCAAUAUCCUUCCAAUAAAAGUGUGGGGUAAAGGUGGUCCCAACCCACCUAAGGUAGCCAUUAUCCUUGAGGAACUCGAUCUCCCCUAUGAGUUCCAGCCUAUCACAAUCGCCGAUGUCAAAAAGCCCGAGUACCUAGCUAUCAACCCAAACGGUCGUCUCCCCGCCAUCUACGAUCCAAACACCGACUUGACCCUCUGGGAAUCCGGCGCGAUCGUCGAGUACUUGGUCGAGCGUUACGAUACAAGUCGCAAGAUCAGCUUCGAGCCGGGAUCCAACGAAUCUCAGCUUGCGCGACAGUGGCUCCUUUUCCAAGCCUCCGGUCAAGGCCCGUAUUAUGGACAAGCGGUUUGGUUCAAGAGGUUCCAUCCCGAAAGCGUGCCUAGUGCAGUGGAGCGCUAUGUGAAUGAGAUGAAGCGAGUGUCGGGAGUUGUGAAUGAUUUUUUGAGCAAGCAGGACGUUGGACAAGGAGGUCCGUGGUUGGUUGGGGGUCGAAUUUCGUUUGCGGAUUUGGCAUGGGUUAGUUGGUCGCUUACUGUCGGCAUGUUUAUCAAGGAGGAGGAUGGGUAUGAUGUUAAUGAAUUUUCCUAUUUGAAGAACUGGCUGGAUAGGAUGAUGGCCAGAGAGCCGGUGAGAAAGGUUAUCGAUGAGGGCCGGAAGGUGAUUGAGGAGGCUCAGAAACUGUGA